CCCCCCCCCCCCCAGUGGAAGUUGUCUGACAUCAGAGAGGUUUGAACCUUUUCAGAGUUAGAGACUUUCCGAUCUCUAAAAGCUUGUUGAUCUCACACGUCCCGAAACUAGUCAGUUCGAUGGUAUAACACGUUAUUAGAGAUCAAAUAGAAGAUAUUAGAAGCAACGAGCGUUAUUAGAGAUCAAAUAUUUCAGAGCUUCAGAAGUCCUCACACCCUUGAAUGUUUCUUUGCAUCGAGUUCAUGAGUGGAUGAAGCUUUAAUACAGAUAAAAUUGAAUAUUUUUAUAAUUAAAUAACUCGUCUAUCUCGAGACAAAUUUCAGUAUAUGAAGAGCAGCGAACAAUAAACGCAUAUAUUUAAGCUUAACCUGGAUAUUACUGGCCUCGCUGAACAGAAAACAGGACAUCAAAGAUUUACCUUAAGAACGUCUUUGUCAAACGAGCGCCACACUUGGAGUCCAGCGAGUUUCUUGCCGAGAAAUUGUGGGUUAAAUGUACGUUGAUAAGCAAAAUUUCUCAUGUUUCUCGUAAGUGUUUUACUCAGACGUUUACAAGUACGUGUUUCUGUUAUUGGCUACAAAAAUUCGAUGCAAGUUUUGCCACGCCCGCCUGCUGUCUUGGGAGAGUUCAGGCCGCAGUUCUGGCCAAGUUGCCUGUAGUCUCCAGCGGUUGGUACAAAAAGAGAGGAACACCACCAGGAGGAAGGUCUCUCUCUUAGGCAGCACCACCAAGAGGAAAGUCUCUCUGGUAACACCCCCAGGAGGAAGGCCUCUCUGGUAGCACCACCAGGAGCAGGAUAUCUCUCGGACAGCAAGAAGAGCACUACCAGGAGGAAGAUAUCACUUAGGCAGCGAGAGGAGCACCACCAGAAGGAAGAUAUCUCUCGGCCAGCAAGAGGAAGAUAUCUCUCAGGCGGCGAGAGAAGCGUCCCCAGCAGGAGGAUGUGCGGGCUGGGUCAUCUAGGGUGGGUGAUGUGCUUGUUGACGGUGACCCUGCGGGCCGGGCAGGCGACAGGUCAGGAGUUCCUCUUCACGGAGCACUCUUGCAAGGAUCUCGUGCCCAGGCACCGCGACGCUAUUAGAAUGGCCCCAGGCGAUAAAAACAAGACCAACCACGUGAAGGCUCAGAGCGGCGGCACCAAUGACACGACGGAGGCCCCGACGGAGACCCCGACGGAGCCUCCGUCUCUUCCAGCGGCUCAGGAGUACUCUGGGGACAUGGACGUGGAGGUUCUCACCAGUGAGACUAGCUACAGAAGACUCAAGAGUCUGAUAGUAACUCUGCAGUCACCGAUCUACUUCAACGGGUUCAUGGUGCAGGCCCGCAAGGUGGGGGAGGAGAGUGGCGGGGAGAUGGUAGUGGUGGUGGGGAGGUUCACCAACAUCCCCCACAGGGGGAAGUACCUGAGCUGCCCCAACGGGGACCGGCCAGAGAACACGGUGGUCAGCGAGGACGCCCCGCUCAGGAUGACCAACCUCACCUUCGUCUGGCUCGCGCCUCACACCGACUUGGGAAACAUCCAGUUUGUAGCGAGCAUCCUGUACAAUGGAGGCACGGAGUACAAGAGCUACAGCUCGUCCCAGCUGAGCCUCAACAUGUACCCCGUAUCCACGAAGGAGUGCGCUGUUGCCAAGAGCUGCUUCCGCUACUGCACGAAGGAAGGCGGGAGGCAGUGCGAGGCGCACAUGUCACAAUAUGUGGCAACGCUGGAAUAUAUCGGAAACACCACAAGCGUUAGAAUUACCAUCGGCGGCCAGCUGCCCCAACCUGAGGGGUACCUGGCUGUGGCCUUCAGCAAGGACCCCGAGAGACUGAAGAACGCAGACAUCGCUGCGUGUUAUCGCACAGAGAACACCGAGGAGAACACCGUCAAGCUAGAACACUACCUUCUCAAGGACAUCAGCUUCAUGCCCGACCUCCACCUGGGGGUGCUGGAGCUGGAGUCGUGGGACGUGGACGGGGACUUCGUGUGGUGCACCUUCAGCAGACCCAUCACCGGCCAGCAGGACAACAGGCUGGACCUGCAGGAGCCCCAGUACUACUACUACUUCUGGGGCUCCAGGAACGGCUCCACCAUCUCUCUGCCGCCGAUGGGUCAGAUGAAGAGAUCCCCCAGGAAGAUCAGCACCAAGGACAAGCCUUUCAACCAGAUCGACUACAGCAGCGGCGCCGGAAAACAGCGCUCCCCGUAUACCAUAGUUGCCGCUGUUGUCCUCCUCCUCAGUGUCCAUUUUCUUUGUUGGUGAAAGUUCAAGAACAUCCGAGAGAGAUCCGUGUUCACUCGCUUGGUCGUAUUCGCCAUCUAUUUCCUCAUUGUGUCGUAUUCUACGUUUUUGAUCAAUCUCUUUAUCGUCGGAAAGACAUACGAGGACGAGAGAAAUGUGUUUUAAGAGAUAGAAAUGUAGAAUGUUGCAUUAAGCUUCGGAUAUUUGUUUUUUGUUUACAUUGAUGCCGUGAUUACAAAGGGUGGUAGGCCUACGUGGAGUAUGGAGAACAACGGUAGGUCCACGUGGAUAGACAACAGUGGUAGGUCCACGUGGAUAGACAACAGUGGUAGGUCCACGUGGAUAGACAACAGUGGUAGGUCCACGUGGAUAGACAACAGUGGUAGGUCCACGUGGAUAGACAACAGUGGUAGGUCCACGUGGAUAGACAACAGUGGUAGGUCCACGUGGAUAGACAACAGUGGUAGGCCUACGUUGAUAGCAAUAGCGAUUGACCAAAGUAGAGGAUGGACACCCCCCCCUUGGGCUCAUGACAUUGUUCUGAAAAGAGUAUAUAUAUAUA